CCAGCCAGAGAGAGACUGAGGCGAGGGGCUGUACAAGCAUGCCUUUUAUAUUUACUAGUGACUGAGAGAGAGAGGGAGAGAAGGAGGGAGAGAAAGGGAGCAGCUGAAGGCAGAGACAACUGGUGUGCACGGCUUUCCCAAGAGGAAAUGAAAAGAAAGAAGCUCAGCAAGGAGAGUGAAUGAGUGAGCGGGAGAGAGGAAGGGUGGGAGGGAGCAUGCUGGCUGGAGAGAGAGAGCGAGAGAGAGCGAGAAAGAGAUUCUCACACUGGCUGUGUCCUAAUCCGAGUCCAUCUCAAAGAAGCAGCGGAGAAGAGUGUUAGUGAAGUGAGUCUGAGAGCCGAGGAGAGCUACAUCAGCUAGCUCACUCCACUUCGCACAAACACACACAGACACACGUUCUCCCUCUCUUUCUCGCGCUCUCUCUCCCUCUUUCACAAACACACACACAGUCUCCGUGCAACGGGAGUCCACGAUGUGUCCGGCUGCACGGCCACGGCUUUUGUGAAAGUGAGGGGAUUGCCGCUGCCCCUGUCCCAGCCCCCUUGGCUCACACACUCAGUGUUUGCCUGCCGUGUUUAAGCUCGAGGUGCUGGUGGAGGUGGUGGAGGUGUGGAGGGAGGGGGCACUGCCAGGGCAGAGCAGGGGCACCGAAAGGGAAGAGGAGGAGGAGGAGAAGAAGAAGACGAAGAAGAGGAGGAGGAAGAAGAAGGAGACAAAGUGGAUCAGGUCGACAGCGGUAGAUUGAAUGUUGGAAAUGCCCAUCAGGUCUGAGUCCAUCACGUCCUCAACCAAUCGAAGCCUUCGUUAACAGCGGCGUGGGCACGUGAUUGGAGGAAGGAUGGCAACCAUGCCAUUUGUUAGUGAGGGGAAAUGUGUGAGUGUGGAGUGGGAUUUCCUGCAAGGACUUCUGGCCAAGCCUCCCACCCUGCCCUGUCUCCAGAACCUGCGUAAAGAGAAAUCUCGCAAUGCGGCUCGUUCUCGGCGGGGGAAGGAGAACUUCGAGUUCUUUGAGCUGGCCAAGAUGCUGCCACUGCCCGGGGCCAUCACAAGCCAACUGGACAAGGCUUCGGUCAUCCGGUUGACCAUCAGCUACCUGCACAUGCGGACCUUUGCCAGUCAGGGGGACCCACCCUGGAGCCCUCUGCUGGAGGGAGACAGCAACUGCAGCAAAGUUAGACGUUCAUCUCAUUCUCUGGCGACUGACAUGUUUGAGCAGCACCUAGGGGCACACCUCCUGCAGUCUCUAGAUGGCUUUGUGUUUGUGGUCAGCCAGGAGGGACGGUUCCUCUACAUCUCAGAGACAGUUUCUAUCUACCUGGGACUCUCACAGGUGGAGCUGACCGGCAGCAGUGUGUUCGACUACAUCCACCCAGCGGACCACGUCGAGAUGGCGGAGCGGCUGGGAAUCAGGCCACAUCUACGGGCCGAGGCCGGCUGUCACACAGCCCCUGAGAGCGCUUCCAGCUCUGCGUCCACCUCCUCCUUAGCUGGUACCCCUGAACCCGCUCCAUCCAGUCCUCAUUCUCCUGCCGACGAUCCACCCGAGCGUGGCUUUUUUAUCCGCAUGAAGUCCACGCUCACCAAAAGAGGCCUGCAUGUCAAGUCUUCUGGAUACAAGGUAAUCCACGUGACGGGACGAAUCCGCUGCCGCCCCGCUCUCGUCCCGGGCUCCACCCGAUCAGUGCGUCGACCGAUGGGUUUGGUUGCGCUGGCGCACACUCUCCCGCCCUCCACGCUUAAUGAAGUCCGCAUGGAGAGCCACAUGUUUGUCUUCCGAGUGAACAUGGACCUACAGGUUACAUACUGUGAGAACAGGAUCUCCGAGUAUAUGGAUCUGACUCCAGCAGAGGUAGUGGGACAUACCUGUUACCAUUUCAUCCAUGUAGAAGACCUGGAGAACCUCCGGCAGAGCCACGAGGACUUGCUAAGAAAAGGCCAGGUAGUGACUGGGUAUUAUCGCUGGCUCCAGAGGAGAGGAGGGUACCUGUGGAUCCAGUCCACUGCCACGGUGUCCAUCAACCACAAAGCCCCCCAUGAACGCAACGUUAUCUGGGUUAACUACGUCCUGAGUCGAACAGAGCUGCCCGACACUCCCCUGGAUCUGCUGCAGCUACCAGAGAGCAUAAGAGCAGAGCGACUUCGAAUCAGCUCGUCCCCGACCGACGGCUCCACACAGGCCCGAGGCUCGCAACCUGUGAAGAGCUCAGUGGGGAAAAGCGACCCUGACACUAAAGGCAGAGACAAAUUCACCACCACGGCCAUUCAAUCAGAGGACAGGAGGAAGCGCCUGCUGAGGUCUGACCCGGAGGGCGCACCUCCCGAAACCCGCCGCAGACUGGAGGAGCUCCGUCACACGGAGGAGAGUGUCUCUGCCUCCUCAGACCUGGCGAGCGAAAGCGAUGGGGAAGAGGAAGAUGAAACCGAAUGGGACCAGGGAGGCGACAGCGACAGAUUGAAACGGGAAGACAGCGGAGGAGGAGGUAAACAGAGCAGAGGAGACACCCCGACGAGAGGGGAGAGGGGAGGGAGGGUGCACAAUGGCCGGGCUGUGAUCCAGCAGCUGAAAAGUGUAGUGAGUCCAUCUCCCCUGCCCGGCAGCCCAGGCAUCAAGACUGAGCACGAAGCCCUGACCACCGGGGGGCGCUGGGGAUCACACACUCAAACUUCCACCUCGCACACACACACCACUCAGCCCCAGCCCUCGCAUGCACACACGCCGUCCAGCAGCCUCAAUGGUGACAGCCCCACCACCCCGAUCCCGGACUCCUCUUCCAGCAGCGAAGCCCCGCCGAAGGGUUUGUUCACUCCCCCGUCCCCAGCUUUGUCCCCCGCCAUGCCCGUGUCCUCCCCGUUGCCCGCGAGGACAGGGCUGUGUCGGGGGUGGUCAGCCGGAGCAGUGGCGGUAGUGGUGGUGCAGGUAACGGUCCUGACUUUGAGCUGCUUCAGAGACUGGCUGCUGGUAGUGCAGCGGGCCGGGUCCUCUUCCACCCCCUUGCCCUCGGCCCGCAGGGCCCUCAGAGCCUCUAUGCCCCAAGCACUAUCCGCUACGCUCCACCUGAGCUCCCCCCUUCCCACCACCACAGCACAGGACACAGUGAUGGCCUGCAGCUACGCUCGGACCACCACAAGGGACCCCCACCGGCCUUCUUCCCCCACCUACAGCGGCUGGCCGGCCUUCCACCCUUCAGUGGUUUCUCCCCAUCUGACAGCCCCUUCUCCUCUAGCCUGCCCUUCUGUAUGAAUGGACUGAGGGGGGCUGCGGGCACAGAGGAGGACUGAGUCUCAGAGGGGAGGAUGUGAGAGGAGAAAAUAAACUGAAGGAGAGAGCAGAGUGACAGGACGGAAAGAGAGACAUUGAAAAGGGCAGGAGAGACAGAAGUGGCAGUAGAUUAAGCCUCGGAGGACGUUACUAAUUGGACAAUGAGUUGAAUAACUGCAAUCUAAAGUGUGUGACAAGCCGCUGCCAUAGGAUUUUAUCGUGUCAGCCUGUUGUGUACAAGUGACAGUGACUCUCAGAGAAACGGGGACAUGGAAACUUUUGACUGGUUGUCCCUCAAGACUUUUCAUCUUCGCGACAAUAACGAACUCUGCUCUGUGACUUUCUCUAGAUGACUGUGUUGAUUUAUGUGUCUCUUCCACUCAGAGAAGCCAUAUUGUACAUAGAGAGAAAACCAUGACGACCCUCAGCUCACAUCCUCUUGUCCGUCACCGCACAUUAACCCAAUUAACCCUAAAACCAGUAGGAAGAGAUGGGCACUCGUCUGUAGGAAUAAAAAUGACUUUGGAAUAUAAAUUUUUAUUAUUGCAGUAUUAUACAAAUCAUCUCUUUCAGUGGGCUCCGGGUGACAGUUUGAUUAUAGGGUUUCAACUUAAAAUAGGUGGAGACAGCUUUUUGGUGUUUUGUAUCGAUACUUAAAAUAAUAAUAUAAAACAAUAAUAUUGAAAAAAAGAUCCAAGUAUUCAUCGAUUCAGCCAUACUAAAAGCACACUUUUGGGACAAAAGUAUGAUUAAAGUAGUCCCAGACAUUCCAUUAUAUAUAAGGGAAGGAAAUGCAAUGCAGACAGGACGCUAUUUGUGUUGUUUGAUUAUAGGAAGGCGAUUUGUUUAACUGAUUAUGACUUCUAGUGUAUCAUGUACAAUGCUGCAGUUGUGUUUGUGUAUGAAAGCCAUAUUCUUGUUUGUUUUUAGGUUCAUAUUCUUUUUCUUCACCAGGUGAAACAGAUGGGGAAAUUGUUUAAAAUACGACUGUUUUAGUGGAUGAAAAAAAAAUCUGAAAAUGUUUUAGGAGGGGAAAUGUGCUGGACAGAAGUGUUUUUAUCAUUUAAACGUGUUUUUUUUUAGUUGUUUUUUUUUGGUUUUUUUCUGAGCACUUACCGAAAUUUGUUCUGGUGUGAACUCUAAAGCACUUCACGGUUCGGCGUGUGAUCCUGUUAAAACAGAAAACAAUGCAAGAGCGGCCGCUAAUAUCAUAGCCCGACCACGGUAUGUGGAGUGGGGGUGGGGGUGGGGGAUAUAAAUGCUCAUUUAGAAAGGCAGGUAAAUAAACAAGACCACAUGUGGUCAUUAAAAUGUGACCGUCGGAGGUCAAUAAAACAAAACAGAAUUGUUCUGAUAUUGGUUUCAGUUCAAGCGAGUCAACUGGAGAUAAAGUUUUAAAUUAAAAAGUGGGGAUAUGAAACACUUUAAAUUUCAGUUUCAUAGCAAUUGAUUGGAGCUCCUCUCAGGAAAAACAAAACACUUUUGGCUUGGAAAGAGUGAAACAACUAAAACAAAAUUAUACUUGUAUAUGUAAGAAAAUCACAACUAAAAUAAAAAAGAAGAAGAAGAAUUCAUAAAUAAUAACAUUUGGAAAUUUCACCCGGCCAAACUCAUCAGGAAAAAGAAGUGAGAAGAAUAAAAUUUAACCACGAUAAGCAGUGAUAUAAGCUGUGAGAGAGAUACAUUAAAAACAGUCUAGCACUUUGUAAUAAGGUCUUCUGAUCUGCCAUGUUAGCCAAAUACAUGUAAAUUUAUAUAUACAGCAAUUUGUUGCCUUCUGGCACUAUUUUCUUUUUUCUUCUUCUAAAUUGAGAUUAUGAUCGACAGCCUGAUCCGAGGGUUCGCUUUAUGGAACCGCUCAUAUUGUCACGUCUGACAGAGGCGGGGUGGGGUUGGGUGGGGGGGGUUAAAAAAAAGACGGGGGCGGGGGAAAGGGUGCACUACACACCCAUACUACAAAUAUGUGUCAGCGCACAUAUUCUCGGGUGUUUACUGGUAUAAUAAGUGUGUGUGUGAAUGUGUGCCUGUUAAAAGUGUGUGAGUGAGUUUUUUUUGUUUUGUUUUGUUUUUGGGUUUUUGUUGUUGUUGAAUUAAACGGCUAACCCCUUGCCCAUCACUGUGAAUCUAACAUUAUUCUCCCAUCUUUGUGAAUACUCCACCCACUCGUCAAAUAAAAUGAACAAAUGUAAAAAUAAUAACAGUGAUACAGAUGAUGAUGAUGAUGAUAACAAUAAAAUAUUCCAGUAGAGGAGCACAACUCAA